GAGAAAUUGGCAGUUUGGUGGCACUAAAAACUUCAUUCAAGAAAAUACAAUGCAAAUCAAAUAUACUUGGUAAAUUGUUUGCAAAUAUGAAGCCGAAGAUAUCAUUUCAGAAAAUGGAGUUCUAUUGAUAGCAAGAAAAUAUUUAAUGUCAGUAAACUACAAGAAAGGGGGUGAGAAAAAGAUACAAGGGAAUAUCUCAUUUCCGAGCAGAACUUCAUGCAACGUAAAAAGAAAGACAACAACUGUAAAAAACUAGCAGGCAUCCAGUUAUGUAGAGAUCAGAGCAAAGACGUUGAGUUUGUCUCUUCCAUUGAGGGAGUGAUUAGUGUUCAGCAAAUCCAUGCCCCCAUCUAUGGAUAGCGGAUGCGGGGAACUGAGGUACUUAGCCCCCAAAAAUUACCCACGAUGCAUUUGAAACCACAUAAUAAAUCAUAUAUUGCUCUUGGCUUUUUUGCACGUUGACUUCCCCCCAUUUCAAACAAUUUUUUACUUCUCGUAUCUGUGAUACCCCCGGAUGUUGGUGAAACUAGACACGCUGUCGCUGGAAUUUCUGAUCGUCAGUAAAGUGAGAAGCAAGAAAUCGCAAGAAAUCUGGUGGAUAUUCUAUAAACUCUUUUGUUUUCAUUGCGUCACCGCCGCUAAGGCAAAGGACAGGUUUAUUGAAAAAAGUAAUCAAUUAUUUGCAUAAGUAAGAUGAUGUUACAGCGGCAGUAAACAACAACAGAUGCGUCAUGCAACUCUCGUAAAGUUUUUGGCUUGUUUACAAACAGAAAUUCAUGGUUAUCGAUGCUUUUCGGUGAUGCGAUCAAGAACAUGGCUUAACACAUUAAUUCGUUACAGAGCCAGGAUUUAGAGACACGGAUUUAGAGACACGGCAAAGUUUUUUUAUACUGAGAAAUCAAAGACUGCAAUUUCUUUCUGGGCUAACGACACUUUUUCUUGGGGACAAAAAUCGAUAAGCUUGCAGUGUUUUAAAAUGUAGAAAUUCACAAAUUGGGUCCCAAUUUGCCCAAAUUUCGACUUAAACGAAGUCCUUUGAGAUGAUUUCAAACAUGGCCUCUCAUGUACAUAGACCUUCUCACAGCACAUGAUCAAUUUGAAGACAAUUGGGACAGGUAUCCUUCGAGCCAAAAUCGUUCUUCAAAUGGAUGUGAACGAUGGAAUUAAAGUGUUUGCUUUUGGCAUGGCGAUACUUCUAACAGUAAUUCUGAAUGGCGUUAUAUUGGUCACAAUUCUUAUUGAAAAGCGUCCACGAUUCAGUACCAGAUGCAUCCACGUUCUUGUCACAAAUUUGGCCGUUUGUCAGUUUCUUAUUGGAAUGUUGGUGAUGCCUUUCGUUGAAGUUUCUGUUCUACAUGACAGCUGGAAGAACUCCACAGCGCUUUGCCAGUUCAAUGGCUUCACUACGUCAACAUGUUUCUACACUGCAGUGCUUACACUGUGCACCAUCAGCCUCGAUCGGUUUGUGGCUAUCGUCUUAGCAACAAGGUAUCAAAAACUGCUGACAAAGAAACGAGGCUGCAUAAUCGUGUGUCUGAUUUGGACGACUUCAUCGUUAUUGUCAACGCCACCUCUGAUUGGCUGGUCAACUUACCAGUAUCAUCCGGGAACUCUUCACUGUUCGCCGUUAUGGAUUGGCCAGUGUGGCUAUUUCUAUUUUACAUUUACCAUUUCUGUUAUUAUUCCGACAUCUCUGACAGUUUUGAGUUACAUUAUAAUCUUUUGGAAAGUUCGAAAGCACCGAAAACGCGUCGCCAUGUGGCAAAACGCGAGAGGACGCGGGUUAUCUUCGAAAUCGGAAGGUGCGGAAAGCGAUAUAGAAAUGAGUCAGGCAGUAACAAUACAUAAAAGUCCCGCAGUAGCUCGCAGAAACGGCAGUGUUAUGCACAGUAGGAGCGAGUUGCACACAAACAGCCCAACAACGAGUCAUAAAUCGCUUUCGCCUACAACUGGCUUGCGGGUGUAUAAACCGAGAAGUAACUCCCAGAAAAAAGGCAGCUUCCAGGAAGGAAGUCUUGCACCAAAUGGAUUUCUAAGAAAAGGGAAGUUCAUUGAAUUCCACGGUGAAGGUAUAUUUUACAAUCCUAAAAAACACGAGCCGUCGAAAUUAGCGCAGAAUCUAGGUGAACCUGUUGUUGUAAAGGAAUUUGAAAAUGUUGAAGAUAAGGCAGAUGGUACGAAGAGCGAAGUAGUCCAAUCAAGAGGGGAGGACAAUAAUAAGGAAAUUACCGCUACAGAGCCAGUUACAACAAAUUCGAGUAAAAACGUUGUGACAAAUGUCACUGAAAAUAGAGGUGAAAGCGAUAGGAACACUAAGAAAAGAGUCCACAAAGCUAAUUUAGGGAGAUUAGUGAAGAUCAGUCGAACCCAAAUGACCGAUAAUUCGAAAAUGAGCGAAGAAGACGCCAAUGGCCUUUUAAACCUUAGUGAAGAUAAUGGGGGGAGUUCUGUGCCUAAAAGCGAAAGCUCAACACAAAACACAGAGGCAUCAAACUUGAAUAAUGAUCUAGGAGCAACAAACGCCGAAGGAGAUAUGGAUAACAAUGCGCCCAAAGGAGGAAACAAAAUAAGUACAAUUGCAAUGGCCCUGAUCACAUCGAUGACCUCAAAGUCAAGUGAAACAAUAAAAUCAAAGCGAGGCUCGCGUAGAAAGACAAAGCAUGUCAAUAGGACGCUGCGAGAAUUCCAAGUUGCCAAAACGGGGGCGAUUUUGCUCUCAGUUUUCAUGGUGUGUUAUGGACCUUAUACGGUCGUCCAUUUAUGUCAUUUACCGUUUCCAGUCCCCAUUUGGGCUCAGCACUUCGCAAUGUGGUGUGUGUUCCUCAACAGUAUACUGACACCUUUAGUCUACGGGCUUAUGAACAAGGACACGCGACAAAAGAUAAAGGCAGCAAUGAAGAGAUGUUGGAGAUAGCAUGACGUUGCAGCCAGAGCUCAUUACAAACAUCUCAUUUCUGCAGCACGGUAGUCCAUGUUGCAGAUUGAUUGUCCUUCUACACGCACAGUUCACUCACAGUUGUCGGGAACUAUUUUUUGGCCGGCAAUUAAGGACCUAUUUAUCAUUUACAGAUAGCAGUGAUUAGUUAAAAAUUUCGAACACUUUCACUUUCAGAAUAAAGUUCAAAAUAGAUGAUCUCACAAAACUCUAUUUUCAGUAUUUUUUAUUACAUUCAGUAGUUUUAGUCACAUAAAACAAACAGGAUUAUUAAAUAGACCUAGCUAUGGAAAAUCAGUUAAAUGUGACACAAAAUUGAAUGAGAUAUGGCCAUACGAGCAGAAGAUCUUUCCCUGUCAAAUCAUUGUGAUUUGGUCGUGGCUCAACGAUCUAUCAACCAGGCCAAGGCCAUAGUAAAACAUUAGCAAGACCAAAUUUCUUUCCUUGCCUUAUCUCAUUUUCGAAAUUGAGAAUCGAUUGUCAAUUUUCGAAAGAUUUAGCAUUUUGAGCGAUCUCGCGAUUUCAAAAUAUUUAGUCAAAAGUAAAAAAUUUCAAUUGAAUAAAUUUUUGAUGACGACACACUUUGGCAGUUAAGCCAGUCUUGAAAAAGUUUGAGACCUUAUUAAGAGAAUGAAAUUUCUAUAAGCUUCAAAUUCACUGAGAACCACAAUUGCUGAAAAUCUAUCAAUGGCAUCCACAUCAUAACAAUCUGUGCGGUUCUUCUCUCUGCGGUUUAAAUACAUUUGCUAUGUAACUGGCAAACCAGAAAGACAUAUUACAUUAAAGAACAUAUUUUUUAAAAUAGAUCUACGAUUAUUGCAUAGAAACAUAUUAUGAAAUUCACUUGUUUAUUAAUUUUCUGUACAUCGAGCAUGCUUAAGUCA